ACCACGACACACCUCGCCUUCCCCACGCACCGGGCCAGGUGGUAUAAUCAAUGGACCUCGACGCCGACAUGAUCCCGACCUCCCCCUCCGCCGACUCCUCGCCCUCCUCCUCCGACCUCGACACCGAGUCGACGGGGUCCUUCUUCCCGGACCGGAGCACGACGCUGGGGACGCUGAUGGGCGUGUCGGCGUUCGGCGGGCGGAGGGCGCCGGCGGCAGGCGAGGGGAGCGCGGAGGGGCCGCAGCGCGCGGCGCUGGGUCACGGGGAGGAGGCGAGGGGCGCGGGCGUGUGGCGGCGCCGCCGCCGACGGAGGCGGCGCGGGAGCUGGUGGCGGCUGUGCCGGGACCACGGUGGGCCGCCGACGUCGCUGGGCGAGUUCCUGGACAUGGAGCGGCAGCUCGCGGGCGCGGACUUCCUCUGCGACGGCAGCGGCGCCGGCGCGUCGGGGCGCGAGACGGCCGCGGCGCUGUUCGAGAACGGAAGGGUGCGGCCUCCUCCGCAGCCCGCGGCCGCCGCGGCGGAGGAGAGGGGCAGGUGGCGGCUGCUGCGGGCGUCGGAUGGCUCGUCGACCUCGACGGCGACGGCGUCGGCGUCCCUGGCGCGCCUGCCGGUGCUGCUCACCGGCAUCUGCAGCGGCGGAGCCGGGUAAAUGUAGUAAAUAAAUUGCAAUUAAGUCGCUUUGGAGAGGGGGUGUUUCGCGACAAAAAUGGUGUUGACGCAUCUUUAAUCAAGCCCCCUUGUCCCUGCUUCUUUUCCCAUUAAUUAAUUAUUCCAGUUUGGUCCUUUUAGCCA